AAGCUAUUAUUCUUCUCCUGUUGUCUAUCCUGAACGCAAAUUUCGUUUGAAGUUUCAACGAUCGUAAUCUAUCGUGCAGGAGUUACCGGGUUUUCAAGUCCACCGGAGUCAGCGGCGAGGUUUUGGAGAGAACACGGAGAGGGUUUCCGAUGGGGAAUACGUAUUGUGUGUUGUUUGGGUGCGUGGAGCAAUCAAGUGUUGGGGUGGUGGAAAGAUGGGGAAGGUUUGAAAAAUUGGCUCAGCCUGGGCUCCAUUUCUUCAACCCAUUUGCCGGUGAGUGCCUCGCCGGUAUCCUCUCCACCAGAAUUUCUUCCCUCGAUGUUCGCAUUGAGACCAAGACCAAGGACAAUGUCUUUGUGCAACUGCUGUGUUCUAUUCAGUACCGAGUCAUCAAAGAAAAUGCCGAUGAUGCAUUUUAUGAGUUGCAAAAUCCUCAAGAACAAAUUCAGGCUUACGUGUUUGAUGUGGUUCGUGCCGUUGUUCCAAAAAUGAAUUUGGAUGAACUAUUUGAACAAAAGGGUGAAGUUGCUAAAGCGGUAUCAGAGGAACUUGAGAAGGUGAUGGGAGAUUAUGGAUACAGUCUAGAGCACAUUUUAAUGGUCGAUAUAAUACCGGAUGCUUCUGUGCGCAGGGCAAUGAAUGAAAUUAAUGCAGCUCAAAGGCUUCAACUUGCUAGUGUGUACAAAGGGGAAGCGGAGAAGGUGCUCCUAGUAAAGAAGGCAGAAGCUGAAGCCGAAGCAAAAUACCUGGGUGGUGUCGGUGUGGCUAGACAGAGGCAAGCGAUCACAGAUGGUCUGAGAGAAAAUAUCUUGAACUUCUCUCAUAAGGUGGAAGGCACCUCAGCCAAAGAGGUCAUGGAUCUGAUCCUAAUCACUCAAUAUUUUGACACCAUCAAAGAUCUUGGAAAUUCCUCAAAGAAUACAACUGUAUUCAUACCUCACGGGCCAGGCCAUGUUAGAGAUAUCAGUGGCCAAAUACGCAACGGCAUGAUGGAGGCUGCUGCGAGCGCCCAGCCCAGGGUCACAAAUGAUGAGGUGAACAUUAAUUUACUUCAAUGAUUCAUCAGACACCAUGUAUAUGUUCUUCUUCUCCGCAACUCUGGAAAAAAAUGUUCUUUACAUGUGACGAGGGUGUAUAACAAUAUAACGAUUUGCAGAGUCGAUAUACCUGUUUUGGUUUGUGUAUAGAGAGGGUUCAAGAGAUGUUCAAUAAGCUGGAAAAAUGUAUCUCCUGAUAUAUAGAUUUUUUUAUCACCACUUGAUAUUCCUAUUUACAAAUUAAAAUGUUAUGUAAUUGUCUUGUAUUUCUUCACACCAUCAUGCCUGAGACAAGAGCUCCAUGGCCAUGCCCAUGAAUUUGAUGAAUAAAAUUAUUGUAUUAAGUCUUUUGUUAUUA